CACUAGCUCAGGCUGCCUAGAGCUGUUGCUUGCUGUUUCUCGUCGGGAUGCCUGUCCUUUUCACAGAGAGGCUGGGGGCGAUCCGCGCCGCUCUGUCCGACCAGACCUGGAUCCUUCUCCUCACUUUCCUGCUGCUGCUGGCCUGGUACAGUGUUCUACCAUAUAGGCUAUUUAGGCGACUUGGAGUUCCAGGCCCAAUGCCGCUGCCAUUCCUUGGAACAUUUCUACAUUAUAGAAAGGGAAUGUUUGGAUUUGACACAGAAUGCUACAAGAAAUAUGGAAAGAUGUGGGGCAUCUAUGAUGGACGCCAGCCCAUUCUAUGUCUUAUGGAUCCUGACCUAAUUAAAACCAUCUUCAUAAAAGAAUUUUACACUCUGUUCACCAAUAGACGGGACUUUGGUCUGAAUGGACCACUGGCUGAGUCCAUCCUGAUUGUUCAAGAUGACCAUUGGAAGAGAAUCCGAAGUGUCCUUUCACCAACUUUCACCAGUGGGAGACUGAAAGAGAUGUGUCCAAUCAUCAGUCACUACGUAGAAAAUCUUGUGAAGAAUGCAAAAAAGAAAGCAGAGCUGAAUGAAUCUGCUGACAUGAAAGAUAUCUUUGGUACAUAUAGCAUGGAUGUGGUGACGAGCACUGCAUUCAGUGUGGAUGUCGACUCGAUCAACAAUCCCAAUGACCUGUUUAUCAUCAACAUCAAGAAACUGAUUGAGUUCAGCUUCUUUGACCCUGUUCUUAUGCUUGCUUUGGCUUUUCCUGCUGUUAUUCCAAUCCUUUCAAAGCUUAAUUUUAGCUUCUUCCCAAGAGAUGUGAACACAUUUUUCACAAAUGUUUUGGUGAAUUUGAAGGCAAAGAGACAAAAAGGAGUGCACACUGAUCGGGUGGAUUUUUUGCAGCUGAUGGUUGAUUCUCAAGUAGCCAGUGUCAGCGCCGAGAAGCAGAAUGGUGAUGGCAAGUCGACAGGAAAAGCUCUAACUGACUCGGAGAUUCUCGCACAGGCCAUGACUUUUAUCUUUGCUGGAUAUGAGACCACCAGCAAUACACUAUCAUAUACUGCACACAACCUGGCAACACACCCGGAUGUGCAGAAGAAACUGCAGCAAGAGAUAGAUGAAGCUUUCCCAAACAAAGCUCCUCCCACAUAUGAUGGAGUGAUGCAGUUGGAAUAUAUGGAAAUGGUGAUAUCGGAAACCCUACGAAUGUUCCCCCCUGCCCCCCGCAUUGACAGAGUGUGCAAGAAAGAUGUACAGCUUAAUGGGAUAACCAUACCAAAGGGGACUGUUGUCAUGGUUCCUGCCUAUGUGCUGCACCGUGAUCCAGAAUACUGGCCAGAGCCUGAAGAGUUUAGACCUGAAAGUGGUGUCAUAUUAGCCAUUUUGCAGUCCUUUGGAACCCUCCUGACUCCAGUGAUUCCUGAAAGAUCACUACCAAUGGCUCUACAAUCUCCUCAGCUAUCUUGUUCAGAACUUUGGGGCACAGUCCAACCUUCAGACCUUCCGGCUUCCCCAGGACCUUCUCCUUCUGUGAUGGCCACCAGACCUACCUCUGCCCCGACUCCACUGAAAUUCCUGUUCAGUAAAGAGAAUAGGGAGUCUCGGGAUCCACAUAUCUUCCUGCCAUUUGGAAUGGGCCCUCGGAACUGCAUUGGGAUGCGAUUUGCUCAGCUUAUGAUGAAGAUGGCACUUGCUUCAUUCUUGCAACAUUUGAGCAUUGUGCCAUGCAAGGAGACAUCGAUUCCUCUAGAAAUGGAUGUGAAAGGACCCAUGCAUCCCAAAAAACCUGUAAUCCUGAAAUUUGUGCCACGGGUGAAUGCUGAUUCAAAGCAAUAAAGCACUGAUCAACUUGGAACUUAAAAUAUUUAAGAGUGUGAAUGCUUUGGACUAAACAGAAACAAUGGCAGAAUAAAAUUUGCAUGCUAUCAA